AUGGCGCGCUUCCCCUCCGCCAUCCCACGGCAACUCCGCCCCUCUCGCCGUCGCCACGUUUUCCUCGCCCUCGCUCUGCUCUUCACCCUCGCUUACUUUCUCCACUUCUCCUCGUCCUCCUUGGAUGAUACCUCACCACCGACCCACGGCUCCGAAUUCGCCUGGCUACAACACCACAUGAACGCCCCCUUAAAAACCCAAACCCAAACCCAACAAAACUCACAUCCAACACCUCCUUCGACUGGUCCACCGUCACGCCCAUCUACCCCCCCUCCCUCCCUCUCCGCCAACUGCCCAUCGGUCGACCAGUCUCUUUACCACCCGUCCAACACAGUUUCGGUCCAGAAUCCCCCACAGCUCGCAAAACCCGCGAAGCCCGUCGCCAAAAAGUCAAGUUUGCGACAAGAAUUCGACGAGGCGGUAGCUGCUGUAGCUGAUAUCGAUUUCGGUGUGACGAAAGAUGGGUCAGGAAGGGUGAAUAUUUUCGAGACGAAUAUUCGGUAUUUGGGGGGACUACUGGCUGCUUACGACCUGUCAGGGAGGGAGGUUUUACUGACUAAAGCGAGGGAGUUGGGGGAUUUAUUGUAUGCGGGGUUUAAUACCGCGGAGAGGAUGCCGGUUGAUUUCAUCGAUUUCGAGCGGGCGAAGAUGGGGGAAGGACUUAUUGUUGAGGGCAGCGUGGUGAGUGCUAGCCCUGGCACGCUGACGCUGGAGAUGACGAGGCUGAGUCAGGUGACGGGGGACAUGAAGUACUACGAUGCGGCGGCGCGGGUGAUGGAUGUUUUUGAGCAAGGGCAGAAUUUCACAAGGGUCCCGGGGUUGUGGCCUAUUUACGUGUCGAUGGCACGGAAGGAUGUCACAAAUGGGAAUCAGUUCGGGGUGGCGGGGUGCGCGGAUAGUUUGUAUGAGUAUUUACCCAAGAUGUAUGCGCUUACCGGAGGACUGGAGCCACGCUAUGAGAGCAUGUCGAGAGCGUUUCUGGAGGCGGCGGAUAAGGCGCUGUUCUUCAGGCCGAUGCUACCCGGGAAUGAGGACGUGUUGAUGAUUGGUACGGCGGAUGUCACGGUUGACGAAAAGGAGGAUAUGGUGCUCAUCCCCGAGAGCGAGCAUCUGGGGUGUUUUGUGGGUGGGAUUUAUGGACUGAGUGGGAAGCUGUUUAGAAGGCCGGAGUGGGUGGAGAGUCAGGGGGUCAAGAUCACGAAUGGGUGUGUUUAUGCUUAUAGGGCCAUGCCGACGGGGAUGAUGCCCGAGAGGUAUAAUAUGGUGCCUUGUCAGUCAAGGGAUGAUAAGAGCUGUAAGUGGAACGAGGAGUUAUGGGAGAGGGAGAAGAGGAAAAGACCUGAAUGGAAGGAACAUUUGCCAAAGGGGUUUACGACUGCCAAGGAUCCGAGAUAUAUCCUAAGACCAGAGGCUAUCGAGAGCGUAUUUGUCAUGUGGAGGAUCACGGGCAAGCAGGAGUUCCAGGAGGCGGCGUGGGAUAUGUUUGAGGCUGUGAGCAUUGGGACUGAAACCGACUUUGCGAAUGCAGCCGUGUUGGAUGUGACCAAGGCCGAGUAUCCUCUGCCGAAGGAGGAUUACAUGGAGAGUUUCUGGUUGGCCGAGACGCUCAAGUAUUUCUACCUAGCUUUCUCUCCACCAGAUGUCAUCAGUCUGGAUGAUUUUGUCUUGAACACUGAGGCACAUCCGUUUCGAAGGCCCAAGAAGCCAAGGGUGGAUCGUCCGUUGAAGGUGUAA